UCAACACUUCUUCCCAGCCAGCCACAGUACACGUAGUCGCAUUCUGCAUGCAGUGGUCACAUUAUGGAAGAAGAUGUUUUAAACGCUUUACAAACUCGCACGGCCUAUUUACCCGGUAGUUUUGAUCGUGAUGGCAAAAUAAUAUUUAUUGUCAGCAUAAUCAAUGAUCUGCAGAGUUGGCAGCGCAAAUGUUUGGAAUUAUCUAUAACGUAUUUAAAACGUUCAUUAAGUGAUGUCAUUUUACAAAAGGGUGUAACCAUUAUUGUGGAUGCCCAAAAGACCACUGCCCGAAUAAAUCGUCAUCAUGCACGAUUCAUUUACAAUUUGUUUGAAGGUCUAACAGUCAAUUUAUAUCUAGUCAAAUCGGAAGGAUUUUGGGAGAAACAUGUGGAAACCUGUACAAAAUCUCAAACAAAAGGAGAGCCUAUAGUUUUAUCUAGAUCUCGCUUAAUGAAAUAUUUCGAUUUAACCAGUUUACCGGAAGAAUUGGGCGGCAACCUACAGUACAAUUAUGAUUUAUGGCUGCAGCAAAGAAAGUCCAUUGAUGAGUUUGUUAAAUUUUAUGACAAUUGUUUGGCAGCCAUGGAAAGUUUACAAAAAUUACUGCACAGUAAUAAAUCAAUACGGGCAACGGAAGCGGAUGCAGAGCUAAAGAAAAACUCACAAAUGCAUGCGACAGUGCAGUGCAGCAUUGAGACGGUUAUAGAAAUGGGCAAUCGCAUCUUAACACGUUUCAAUGAAGUCUAUGCGCCAACACCGCCCGUAAACAACAAUAGCAAAAACAAUUUCAAUGCAACCGCACACAAAACAAAUACAACAACGAUUGCAGCAGCUACAACAGCAACAACAAAUGACCAUGAUGUUCAUACACCUGUUGCAACCGCAAAUGGUUUGAUUAAACGCACUUUACCGCCAGACUUGAAUUGUGAACGGGCACGUAUUGAGAUGCGUUUAAAUGAAAUUGAGAAGCGGCAAACAGAUUUGCGCACAGCCUGGCUGGAACUCAUACAGACGGUAAGAGAGGCUAGAGAACUGGCCACCCUGGAAGAAGGGGUGGCCUUUGUUACCAAUUGGAUUCUGAAUACGGCAGAACAAAUGCUAAACCGUCAAACGGCCAUUGGCUGUGAUGUGAAGAACUGUGAAAACCUACGUUCAGCUCAUGACAAUUUCGAAUUGGAAUGUCGUGAAACAUAUGGUUUCUAUGCGGAGCUGUUGUACAAAAUAGAAACCUACAUUGGAUCGAAAGAGAGUUCGGCGUAUAGGGACCUGCUAUCGCAAAAAGAAUUCAUGCAGUUUGUGUGUCGUUCGUUUGCAACACGUCUGGAGAGAAGACGUAACAUAUUAAUUACUUCAUUGAGGUUUUAUCGGCUGGUAACAGAAUAUUUUGAUAAAACCACAGAGGUAUUUGAAUCGCUAGUCAUGGGUGGUAGUGGUGGUGGCAAGAUGGAAGACUUUACAAAAGCAUCUGGCACAUUGCAAAAACUGAAAAGCAGUCAACUAAGUUUGGCCUCCAUGGAACGUGAACUAAUAAAGGAGGGUGAAAAACUCAGCGACAUACUGUCAAUGCCCGUUAAAGAUGCUCUUGGCCGUGACCUACACAUCGACUACAGCGAUGAUAUUUGCAGUGUGCGCGAAAUUUUAGAUACAACAUUGGCGCGCCGCAAAAUCUUUAGCGAUAGCGUGGAAUUGCAAAAACUCACCUUGGAACAGGUGACACACAUUUAUACGUAUGAGCAGGAUGCCUGCAUGGCGAUCAAAUGGUUGGAUGAUUUGUACAAUGUCAUGAUCAAGUGCCAUUCGCAUGUAGGUUGUAAUAUACACGAAAUACAGGUGCAAAAGGAUGAAUUGCAAACAUUUCAAGAAACCGGAAAGAGUAUCUUUAACUAUGGCUGCCAAUUGCUGGAGGCAUCACAAACUCUGCGCAGCACCUGCAAGCUGGAGGUAACAGAAGCAUUGAAAAUGCAACAGCAGUUGGAGAAAACAUGGCACAGCCUGCAGGCCAUAAGUCAAGAACAUAUGACACGUUUACGCGUCUCAGCGGUAUUUCAUCGCAGUGUCGAAGACUAUUGCCAGCAAUUAAUCGAACUUAGAAGAACCCUGCGCACCAUGUUGCAACAACAACAGGCCCAACUACGACAACAGCAACGCAGCAGUAGUAGUGGCAUAAGCAGUGAAUCCGAAUUCCAAGCACAAUCUCCCUCAUCUAAUAACGCAGAAUCAAGAACUCUUAACCGAUCAUUGCAGCAAAGACAUCAUCAGUUGCAGCAGCAGCCGCAACACAGCACGGUAGGUGGUGUUGGAGGUGAUCAUGAUGCAGCUGCUGCUGCUGCCUCUGAAAAGUCAUUAAAUGAACAACGUGAAUUGUUGCGCAAGUAUUUAAUGGAACGUGAAAAACUUUUGGUGGAAGUAGGUCGUAUGGUACGUUUGGGAAGGUUACUGAAAACACGUUUGAAAGAACCUUUCGUGUUGGAUGCUGCCACAGGCAAGAGCAUUGUGGUAGAGGAUAUUCCCUCGGAGAUUACUACACCCAGUCCCACUGUCACGGACAGCACUAUAUCGGGUGGUAGCAGUAAUAACAGCACUUUGGAUUCUUCCUCGUUGCAUGAAGUUCAGGAUCCCAGCAAAAUUAUUGUCAAUCCCAUUGAUAAUAAUGGUUUGGCCUGCAAUGCCAUCACCAAUAAACUAAGCGAUAUAGCUGAAGUGGCCGAAUCAUUGGACGCUGUCAUAAGAGAUGUUCAAGAAAAUGUUCAAACAGUUGAGGUUGAAUCGAAUCCCAGUCCGAGUGAUAAGAAACUGGGCACGCUGAGUAGUGAGGAUUGGCACUCCCGCUCCACUGAAGAUGAUUCCUUUGCUACAGCCUCCGAGGGCAACUUUACACCCCACUCACUCUCCUCGGCAUCCUUUCAAACGGCAUCGGGUAGAACAUCUUCCUACAUAAGUUGUGAUAAAAACUCUUUCGAUGCCAGUGAAGCUGACGACUCGACAUAUGCUUUCGAAAUGCCCGAAUUAACCUCUCCCCUAAACAUGUCGUUUGAGGGAUCCGAACAAAGUUAUCGCUCAGCACAGCCACUCAAUGGUGAGGCGACAUCGCACGACAAUGAGAAAACACCCACCAAAUUAUCAGAAAAUGGUAGUCAAAGCGCUCAUACCCUAGAGGAAGAUCAAAGCAGUAUAGCUGAUAUUGAGGAGUUGCAUAGUGAAAGUGUAACACCAACACCGGACCAACAUUACGAUGGCUAUCAUGUGGAUAGUAUACCCAUUGAAUCGGAAACUGAAUUGGAAGUAGCGGGUAUAGCGGAUGCUCCCUCUUUGGAAAUUCUAACGGAACACACAGCAAUGCCAUUGUCCAGAACACCCGAGGUGAGCGCCUCAACCUCAAAUGCUUGUUCGAAUCAAAAUCCCUUAACAACACAAAUGAGUGUGACUGAGGCCAGAGAUUCGAAUGAUCAGCAAGAUCAGCAACAAAAUACUAAUAAACCAAAUGCAGCAUGGCGGCGCAGUAAAUAUUAUGAGAAUAUAACCAAGCAAACAAUUAAGGGAUUUUUAUAAAUUUAUGGAAUUUGAUUUUCAAUUUUGUAAAUUUUAGAAAUUUUUAAAGCUUUUUUUUGUUGGCAAAA